CAGGACGAUGGGGCGGCGCGCAAAGAACAAGCAGGGAAAUCCCGAGCCUUUCGCAGAAGCCAACGGCCAGGCGGGCAGGCCCUCCGCGAAGAAACUUGGCAAGCGCAAGGCGAACGCAGACGAUGCUGGGGGCGCCGCGAGCAAAAGGCCAACGAAGAAGCUGAAGGAGCAGGAGGCGAAGCUGGAGACGCAGAAGGGACAUGCCAAGAAGGGUAAUGAGAAGAAGGGCAGAACUGUGCCCAAGGCACCUGUCAAGAAGAAGCAGGAGGAGAGUGAGGACGAGGACGAGGAUGAGGACGAGGUUAUGGAGAGCGGAAGCAGUGAGGGCUGGGAGAAUGUGGAUGACGGCUACGACGUCAAGACUGAAGCAAGAUCAUUGUUCCGCGACAGCGACGAGGAAGGGGGCCUCGAGAGUUUUACGGGCGAUUUGGACGAGUUCAAUGUGGAAGACGAAGACGACGAGAAUGAAUCCCUUAGAGGACCGGUUCAAGAGCUUGACCUCGGCUCGGACGAGGAGGAAGAAGAGGAAGAAGAGGCGGUUCCCGUCCGCCUAAAAGGCAAGAAGUCCAAGCAGCAAGAGCGUCCUGCCAAGAUUAUACCUACUGGUUCAGACGACUCUGAAACUGACGAGGAUGAGAACGACGAAGACGGCCCUAUCACGAUGGCGAACAUGGAGGCUCGCUCACGAGCAAUGGAUGCCAAGGCAGCGCGUGACGCCGAGCUCGACGCCGAGGAGAUGCGCCAAGCGGAGCUCGCCAGCGACCACGAGCCACCAGAAGACGACAUGGAUGGUGCUGAGGUUGAGGAGGGUGGCGAGUUUCAAUUGCCGACUGCGGAAGAGCGGGAGGAGGAGAAGAAGGCGGGUGGCCCACAGGUCCAUGUUGUACAGCGACGGAUGCGGGAAUGUGUUCGUAUCCUGAACAACUUUAGAAAGCAUGCGGCGAAAGGACGGUCAAGGUCAGAGUAUGUGGCGCAGCUCAUGUCUGACAUUGCCAGCUACUACGGCUACAACGAGUUCCUCAGCGAGAAGCUGUUCCAGCUCUUUCCCGUCUCUGAGGCGAUCGAGUUCUUCGAGGCGAACGAGGUUCCCCGUCCCGUCACUAUCCGCACGAAUACUCUCCGCGCCCGCAGACGAGACCUUGCGCAGGCCCUCAUCAACCGUGGCGUGAAUCUCGAGCCUAUCGGCAAGUGGACCAACGUUGGCCUGCAAGUUUUCGAAAGCAGUGUGCCGAUUGGCGCAACGCCUGAGUACCUUGCGGGGCACUACAUGCUCCAAGCCGCAUCGUCUUUCCUGCCCGUCAUUGCGCUAGGUCCGCAACCAGGCGAGCGUGUUCUGGACAUGGCGAGUGCGCCUGGAGGAAAGACGACGCACAUGGCGGCUCUCAUGCAGAACACGGGCGUCAUCUUCGCCAACGAGCUGAACAAGGCGCGGACGAAGAGUCUCACGGCGAACGUACAUCGGCUUGGAUGCAAGAACGUCGUCGUAUGCUCGUACGAUGGUCGGGAGUUUCCGAAGGUGAUGGGUGGGUUUGACCGUGUCCUCCUGGAUGCGCCAUGCAGUGGUACCGGUGUUAUCAGCAAAGAUGCCAGCGUCAAGACCAACAAAACGGAGCGCGACUUCACCCUCCUCUCACACCUGCAGAAACAGCUCAUCCUCUGCGCGAUCGACAGCGUGCAGCCGGACUCGAAGACGGGCGGAUACCUCGUGUACUCGACCUGUUCCGUGACGGUCGACGAGAACGAGGCGGUUGUCGACUACGCGCUGCGCAAGCGGCCGAACGUGAAGCUUGUCGAGACCGGGCUCGAGUUCGGCGUGCCGGGCUUCAAGAGCUACCGCGGCAAGACGUUCGACCCGCGCGUGAGCAUGACGCGCCGCUUCUACCCGCAUGUGCACAACAUGGACGGCUUCUUCGUCGCCAAGUUCAAGGUCGAGAGGCGCACGAAGAAGGCUGCCGCGCAGUCCGCGGACGAGCCGGAGGGCGAGGCAGCGUCGGCGUUUGCGUUCGAUGAUGAGGCGGACAAGGCGAUCAUCGAGGAGUCGAAGGAGGAAUUGAAGCGGAAGAGCAUGAAGGCCAAGGGCCUUCGCGUACGUGCUCGCGCAAAAGCUGCUUCUGCGGCAUAAAUCGUCGUCCGAAUGCAUCGGUUUCGUCUUACUUCACACCCCUGUUGGCGCGUGUCUGAGGCCUGGUACGGCGUCCGUGCGACGUAGCGCUCGCUCACCACUUGCACAGAAGCUGCACCGCAAUGAUCAUCGUGAGCUC